CAGCUCAGCUGAUCACCAUUUGUCAGUCUGUAUGGACAGCUCAACUGAUCAACUGAGUAAAAUAUAGCAGUUGCCAGAUACACGACUCUUACCGGCGCCCAUAAAAUGGUGGUCUCAUGGGGGUUUCCUCAUCACACGCAGAUGGCUUCACACAGGAACAGAACGCCGACGUUCUUCUCAAACGGGUACGCCUUCGCCGGCGCGACUGUGCUGGGAAUCUUAGCCCUCUGGGCCUUCUUGAGUUUUCUGACGCCGGAUUCCGGUUCCAUUUACGCCGGGAGAAAGUCCGCGGUUGUGAACGGCGUUGAGGAGAAUCAAGAAUGUCCGGACGGGAGCCAGGGGUUCGACCGGCUUCACGACCCGCCGGAGAAAAACUUCUACGACGACCCGAAACUGAGCUACACGAUCGACAAACCGAUCACAAAUUGGGACGAGAAGAGGAGAGAUUGGCUGGAGCAACACCCCUCGUUUAUCCCCGGAGCGGCGACCAGGAUUUUGAUGGUCACCGGCUCGCAGGCGACGCCGUGCCGGAACCCGAUCGGAGAUCAUUUACUGCUCCGCCUGUUUAAAAACAAGGUGGAUUACUGCAGAAUCCACGGCUACGAAAUCUUCUACAACAACGUUCUUUUCCAGCCCGUGAUGUUUACCUUCUGGGCAAAAGUCCCGACGGUGCGCGCCACCAUGCUUGCCCACCCGGAAGCCGAGUGGAUCUGGUGGGUCGACUCCGACGCCGCCAUAACCGACAUGGAUUUCAAGCUCCCUCUCCACCGUUACAAGGACCAUAACCUAGUCGUCCACGGCUGGCUCACCCUGGUGGAGAAAAGCUGGACCAGCGUCAACGCCGGCGUCUUCCUCAUCCGCAAUUGCCAAUGGUCCAUGGACUUCAUGGACGCCUGGGCAAAGAUGGGACCCCAGUCGCCGGAGUACGAUUACUGGGGCAAAACUCUACACACCACAUUCAGCGACAAGGUAACCCAUGAGGCGGAUGAUCAGUCAGGGCUGAUAUAUCUAAUCUUAAAGGAGAAACAAAAAUGGGGGAACAAAAUCUACGUGGAGAGCGAAUACUACUUCGAGGGAUAUUGGCUUGAGAUCGUCGGAACCCUAGACAACAUCACCGACAAAUAUUUGGGGAUAGAGAAGCAGGUGCCGAAAUUGAGAAGAAGGCACGCGGAGAAGGUGAGUGAGAGCUAUGCUAUGGCGUGGGAGGAGCAUCUGAAGGAUGCCGGAUUCGGAAGGUUCAGCUGGCGCCGGCCGUUUAUUACUCACUUUACCGGCUGUCAGCCCUGCAGCGGCGACCAUAAUCAGGCGUAUUCCGGCGAGGUUUGCGGCGAUUCCAUGCAUAAAGCGCUGAAUUUUGCGGAUAAUCAGGUGCUCCGUCGAUAUGGGUUUAGGCACAAGGAUCUGCUCGAUACUUCCUCUGUUGUGCCUUUAGGUUUCGAUUUUCCGGCUUAGCUUCAUUGUUCUCAGAAACAUUGCGAUUCCGUAUGAUGUUUGUCUGUAAUAACAAACUUUCUUAGAUUCUGUAUAGGUUUGAUCGGAUCGCCAAUUUCCUCCUGUAGUCCUGUCUGUUGUUUAGUUUGAUUCAGAGAAUUAUUGAAAG